AUGCCUAAUGAAAAUAACUAUUCGACAAUAUGGCAGUCGUUAGUUGAUAAAUACCAAGACAAGCGAGCACUUGGUACUAUAUAUUUAAAUAACAUACUCGACAUUGGUUCAAAACAUAUGGCGAUUAAUUGUAAUUCAAAAAAUACUUGCAAGCAGUGUAAUAAGAAGCACCACUCAUUAAUCCAUUUUGUUAACAACAAACCGGUUCCGCAACCGCUGAUACAUACGGAACAUCACACAGCUGUAGGCUCGUCCAGUACAGCUGAGCGGCCGCUCGAGGAUGGUGCGCAGUCGCUCUGCAUGCAUUCGGCUAAUAGUAACGUCGCAUUACGUCAUUUGCAUAGCUUUGACACUUUAUCUAUUUUACCAACCGCGCAAGUAUAUGUUGUGACUGGUGGUCGAAAAAGUACUAUAAGGUGCUUAAUUGAUAGCGCCUCGCAAAAUAAUAUUAUCACGCGCGCUUCUUGCAUUAGAUUAAAUUUAGAUGUUAAACCUCUCAUAAAUUCAUCGAUUAAGACAUUAGGGUCUAUAUCCACUCCUAUUAAAGGUUACGUUUCGCUUACAAUACAGUCACGUGUUUCAGACGCUCAAUACAAUUUAAUUCUUUUAGUUGUAGAUAAUAUAACUGAACCGUUACCGGCGCACACGAUUGACAAGUCGACUGUACAUUAUUUUGAACAUUUAUCGCUCGCUGAUGAAUCUUGGAACGCGCCCGGAAAUAUAGACGCCAUUCUCGGUGCUCAGAUGUUCGCUUUUAUAUUAUUGGGCGGUAAAGUUAUACCACCACCGCUCGGUCGCUCUGCUCACUCGUCCAGUGUCAUUUGCUCAGCACCCCACGCGCUUGAAACAACGCUUGGCUAUAUUGUUAUGGGGGAAAUACCUUCCACUCAUUCUAACGAUAUAGUCUGGUCCUUCGGCCCUUUAGUAAAUAAUUUAAAUAACAUUUUAGUAAAAUUUUGGCAGCUGGAGCAAGUGCCUUCUGUUAAUAAUAUAAGUCCUGAAAAUAAGGAAUGUGAGCAGAUUUUUAAAUCAACGGUCGCAAGAAGUUCUUGUGGUCGCUAUAUCGUUUCGCCUCCUUUUAAGAGCGAUCCUAAGUUAUUAGGUAAUUCGUUUAUUUACGCUCAACGUCGUUUGACCGCGUUGGAACGAAGAUUCCAUGCGUUUCCCGCUUUACGUAAAGCCUACAAUGAAGUUAUUGUAGAUUAUAUUGAAAAUGGAUACUUAUCAGAAAUUCCCUAUUCUUUAAACGCUAUAUCUGACGGCUACUUUAUUCCGCAUCACGCUAUUUUUCGGCCAGAUAAAUCGACAAAAAAAACUCGCAUAGUUUUAGACGCAAGUGCUAAAACCGAUUCUGGCGUAUCGCUUAAUGACUUAUUGCAUAUUGGGCCUAACUUGCAGGCAGAUUUAUUUACACUUCUUUUAAGGUUUCGUUAUUUUGAAAUCGCUUUAAACGCAGAUAUAAAACAAAUGUAUUUAAGAAUUUUUUUGUCAGAAAAUGAUCGUAAAUAUCAAAAAAUUUUAUACCACUUCGCUGAUAACGAACCAAAUCGCAUUUUUCAAUUUAAUUCAGUGGCUUUUAGCCUUCGCUCUAGUCCGUACUUAGCUAUGCGGACUGUACGACAGCUCGCAGAGGAUGAACGUGAACGCUUUCCUCUCGCUGCUGAAGUUGCUACACAGGAACUAUUCAUGGACGAUCUGACCACCUCAGUACACUCUGUUGACGACGGUAUACGCUUGGCGGACGAGUUACGUGAGUUAUUCAAAUCCGGAGGAUUUAAUUUGGUAAAGUGGGCAAGUAACUCGCACGUUCUUCUCACACACUUACCGGAGUCACACCGCGCGUCGAUUGAGUUCAGCGAUGACAAUAGUAAUUUAAAGGUGUUAGGCUUGAAGUGGAUACCUACUACCGAUACCUUCACGUUUACUAUAUCCUCAACAUCUGUAGGCAGUACUAAACGGGCGAUACUUUCAACUAUUGCUCGCUUGUUUGACGUUCUAGGAUUUGUUGCACCUGUCAUAUUAUACGCAAAACUUUUGAUACAAGAACUUUGGCUUGCAAAAGUAGAAUGGGAUCAGGAACCACCGGAAACUAUAACCGAACGUUUUAUUAAAUUUAAAAAUGAAUUAUCAUUAUUGGCUAACUUGCAAAUACCACGCCACUUAGGUGUCGCAGCUGGCUGUACUGUGCACAUGCUCGCCUUUGGGGAUGCUAGUAUCAAAGCAUACGGCUGCGUAUUAUUUUUGCAUGUAACACAUCCAAAUCAUGAAGUUUCCAUACAUUUUGUUUGCGCCAAAUCAAAGGUGGCUCCUCUUAAAACAAUUACUUUAGCAAGGCUUGAAUUAUGUGCCGCAUUGCUUGCAUCUGAGCUUGUGAAACAAGUACAUUCUGCAUUUCAUGACCGCUAUUCUAUAGACGAAAUCUAUGUUUUCUCUGACUCCACAAUCGCAUUGUCUUGGAUUCAUUCAUCUCCACAUCGGUGGCAAGUAUUUGUUGCCAACCGACAUAGGGCUCUAGCACUACGGGAUGGUUACUGGUGUCUUCCUAUCGUCGCCAGAGUCAAGUUGGAGGCAAAAAUGAAUACCCAGAAGAUCGGGUCUACCAUAUUGGCCAUAUUUGCUGUGUGUCCUUCCUCAUGUGGAACGGCAGAAGGAACGACUGGAUUAAAAAAAAACCUGAGCAGCCUUCGACAAGUCCCGGAACUAGCGUGUUACAUACGCAAUGUGCAUAAUUCUGCUUCAACUGUCUACCCAGAACUCCUAUCACCACAUCUAAACAGUGUCGGCAUACUCAAGAUGACGGCUAGCGAGCUUCUUUUGGCGACUCUUCUGCUCGCCAUAAUAGAUGCCAGAAGGGCCACCCGGAACAACUAA